AUGGAGCCGUGCGGGCUGUUGGCUCGGCUCCUACAGGCACAAAUGAUUUCAGAGGUUUUCUUGCCCUGCCGCUCCCCAAAACCUGAGGCGCUCACGGUGCCUCGGCCCUGUCCUGUUGCAACAGGACUUCCCGCCCCGACCCGCACUCGCAGAUGUGUCUCCGGAAAGGUCAUCGUGGAAAAAGCGCCCAAGGCUCGGAUAGGCGACCUGGACAAAAAGAAAUACCUUGUCCCGUCAGAUCUCACAGUUGGGCAGUUCUACUUCCUGAUCCGGAAAAGGAUCCACCUUCGAGCUGAAGACGCGCUCUUCUUUUUCGUGAACAACGUCAUUCCCCCGACCAGCGCCACCAUGGGGCAGCUGUACCAGGAACACCACGAGGAGGACUUCUUUCUUUACAUCGCCUACAGCGAUGAGAGCGUCUACGGCAGCCUGUAGGGCCUGCCCAGCCGCCGCCACCGCCGCCGCCACCGCCAAGGGGCCUGCGCUCCUGAAGGGACCUGCACUUUUACGUUGUUGUUUGUUGUGGAUUUUAUGUUAAAGAGCCUUUUGCCCCGGGAAGGGGCAGGUGGGUUUUCUCUUUUUCUGGAAUGCUCCUCUCCCGCCCUUUUCAUUUCUUUGCCUGACACUGACACUUCUUCCUCCUGCCCCACUGCUCUGACCCGCCCCGGGCAUUCCUUGAGGUGGCCAAAAGAAGAUACCUCUCUCCUCUUGCGCUCUCUCCUCCCUCCCCUGUACCUGGUUUUUCACCUCCCUCACCCGGCUUUUUUUCUUUUUUCCCAUAAGGGGUAGGAUCUCUCAAAUCUUCAGCAACAAAAAAUUCCUCCUUGUCUCAAUCUUACGACUUCUCUACCCCCCCCCCCAGGGGGGGUUGCUCCCGCUGGGGUUGUGCACUGCCUGGCCAUUUCUGUAACCAGAUGGGGUUGGGAAUGCUAAUUAAAAACAUAAGGCGAAACCCAAGCCUCUAUACUGA